AUCCCAAAAUUUAGUAUUUGCCGCGAAAUUUCGUUUCAUUUGAGAGCAACAACAACUUUGCCACCAGGGCUAUUCGCUUGUCAGAAGUGAUGACGAAUGAUAUACAAGCGGUCGGCCCCGAUUAUAUUUGUUCUAUAAGUCUGGAAUAAUAUUUGACUGUCAUACAUAAGCCGGCCUUCCCCGAUUAUGUGCGUUCUAUAAUAAGUGAGAAAUAAUAGAAAAAUGCCAUACAUAAGCCGGUCGGCCCCGAUUACGUUCGUUCUAUAAGUUUCGAAUAAUAUUUGACUGUGUCAUACAUAAGUCGGCCUGCCCCGAUUAUGUUCGUUCUAUAAUAAAUGAGAAAUAAUAUUGCACUGUCGUAUAUAAACUGGCCUGCCCUGAUUAUAUGUCCCUUUUAUAAGUGCCAAAUAAUAUUUUUUGAGUAAUAAGCCGGCCUGUCCUGAUUAUGUUGCCCUGAUUAUGUAUUUUCUGCCCUGUUCUUAACCGGUGCAAGCUGCCGUACUUAAUCAGGCCGAUGUUCAUUAUCCGGGCAGAACAGGACCAAGAUCUUGUAUCAGAAACUGAAAGUGGAGCGGACGUACAAAAUUCACGUUCCUGCUUGGGUUGUUGUAAACAUUGAGUUUCUUUCCCAUAGGAUAAACACCAAGUAUGAUAACUAUCUGUAAGAUCCUAUGAAGUACAAUUAAAGUAUAAUAUAGCAUAAUAUAAAUACGAGUUUUACAAAAUCUAACAGUGAACGCAUAUACUGCUAGCUACAUUAUCUUCAAGAUUUUAGCUAGCCAGAUUUUUUUAUCUAGGGCUGGUCUAUGCGUGAGGUAUAGUAUAGUUAACAUAUAUGUUUUAACUGUCAGGUUAGCAAAGCUUAUAGAUCUUGUAAAAGCGAAAAAACCAAUAGCAGAAUUUUAAAGAUUCACUUGUGUUGUUCAUCAAGGCUCAACCACACCAGGCAUCCAACAAAAUCCCCUAUAGCUAUAGUAUUUAAUGCUCCUUUUACGCAGACCCAAUUAGGGCCCACGCUCUACUAGACAACUCCCGGCAACAUCCAACGGCCCACACUAAUGUUCCAUCUCCCCAAUUUCCCUCACAUGGCUUGGGUUCCCGGGGCUAUGGUAACAUUCACUCGGCCAUGUUGAAUCGCCGUCAAGAGGAAUGGAACCCCGGUCUCCCGCACAAAGUACGAGUGCUAUAACCACUUAUCUACAGCAUCAGAUUCCCCUGAAUCAAGGAUUGUAAGGUUUUUGCUCUUGCUUUGCGUUUCUUCUCAUUAACUUUUUAGUUGGGUUAUUAUCUGGCUGACACUUAAAUCUACCUUCUGCUGUCAACUAAACCAUAGUCAGUUAAAAGAAUACACCUCUUCACAGUGUCAUUUAAUCAUACGCAAAAUGGAGCUAAAUGAACAUUUAGCUCAUGUUAAUUGUGGUGACUGCAGUAAUGUCUCGGUUGCCUUGUACUUACCAAUGUUCUUAGGAUCACAUAUAAGGAAACUUUACUUGAAACAAUAUUGGUCAAUACAGGAUGGGAGACUUGCCUCGCCUACCAGCUUUAAGAUGCCUCGCUUAUUAGGACAGGCCUAUAAAUACCUGUAUAUUACCCAUUUCAAGUUUGGCUCUGCAAACAACCAGUUAGAGCUAAAGAUUCCCACCCGCCCUCCCUAUACUAUUCAUAAUGCUGUGUAGGGUUUGCCAAACUAACAACAAUUUUGUUUUGUUUUAUGUGAUGUCACUCGGUCAACCAAUGCGGAGUAUCAUUGCCUCAUCACCACAUAGCGUUCGUCACCGCAACCAUUGUUAAAGACACAGUUAUCCGAGUUCAGUAUAUGACUGGUUUAAAAUGGCUUAUCGCUCACGCAUCAACAAAGAUGGAGACACUUGCUCUAGCUGCACGGUUUCCUUGAACAACUAUUUGGCUAGCAGUGUUGUCAAGGUUUUAGUCCAGCAGUGGGAGCAAGAGUCCUGGCUAAUUACACAUUGCGCGUUUUAACUGAUGGGGAUGUCGGGCUUCCUAAGUCAGCCAGAAGUUUGGACAGAUACACGUGUGUGGCCUGUUGAUUAUAUCAUUACUUGAUAUUAUUACUGUAUGCUAUUAUUAAUUUAUAAUAUUAUUAUUAUUUAUAUUGAAGAAUAGAAGAGAAUAAUGAGAUGUGAGGAAGUAAUGCCGUGGGAGACAUUCACAAUUGCAGUGCAGCCAAGAUGUGCAUGUCAUUGUGUGUGUGUCAUACCAUUAAAGUGCAUUAUGACGAAGAGAAUAAUGAGAUAUGCCGUGGUAGACAUUCAAGCUUGUCGUACCAUUGAAGUGCAUAUGUAAUGCCGUGGGAGACAUUCAAGCUUGUCGUUCCAUUGAAGUGCAUUAUGAUGAAAUGAUGAUGAAAUGCCGUGGUAGACAUUCAAGCUUGUCGUACCAUUGAAGUGCAUUGUGACAGGAGAAUAAUGAGAUAUGCCGUGGGAGACAUUCAAGCUUGUCGUACCAUUGAAGUGCAUAUGAUGAAAUUAAUGCCGUGGGGGACAUUCAAGCUUGUCCUACCAUUGAAGUGCAUUAUGAUGAAAUGCCGUGGGAGACACUCACAAUGGAGUGCAGCCUAGAUUGCAUGUCAUUGGGAGUGGGUCAUACCAUUGAAGUGCAUUAUGAUGAAGAGAAGAACGAGAUAUGUCAUGGGAGACACUCACAACGGAGUGCAGCCAAGAUGUACGUGUCAUUGUGAGUGUCUCAUACCAUUUAAGUGCAUAUGCUGGGGUUAGUGCUGUUUUUGUAUCUGCACAUGUAUCUGUCCUGCCUGUUAUUGUUUAAUCUUAUUGCCUGGCAUCCCAAUCCAUGCCCCAAAUAUACAAUUGCGUUACAAUGCGAAGGAUGUUGUAUAAAUUUAUUUCAUAAUACAAUGUUCUCUACUAUUAUGAUGUGUUUUUACUGAGGAACCCGGACAAUUAACUCACGUUGCUAUAGUAUCCAAAUUAAAUAUGGCUACCUAUGGUAGGUAAACAAAGCUAGCCACAGUCUAAAGUACUGAAUAAGUUAGUAGAUUUGAUGCAAUUUUACUUGUAAUAACCAUGUCAAUUAAUCGCUGUUCGUUACGAUCCUGUUUUACCAUUUAUGUCGAAGUUUGUUAGAUCUUCUUUUCCUAUAAGACUGUAUAUAUAGCUAUAUUCUGUAUAACUUUUAAAGCAGCACAAGAAUAAUUAUUGCUAUAUAAUGUAUUAAAACAACACAAGAAAAAUUCUAGCUGCAUAACUAAAAACAAAUUUCUGAGCAAACAAGCAUUUUUAUCUGCAUUUUAUUUAGUGGGACAAAUUAUUAUUAUUUUUUUCCUUUGCAAUGGGAAAAUAUGCUUGUCAUAACGCCCUCCUUUUUUGUUAUUCUAUUUUAUUUUUAACUAUACAUUCUCGAUAAAAUUAUUUUUAUUUUGGCAACCGACCAACCAUAAAAGGUACUAUCGACUUUGCCCAAAUAUCAACUAAUGAAAUUAGAGUCGCCUAAUACUUUCUUGACACCGCUUGAUUCACAAAGGAUUAAAAUGUAUUAUAUAGCUAGCUUUAUGACAAAGAAUUGAACCAACAAAUGUUAAUUUAUUCUUUUUUCUUAGGUUUUUAAUUUAAUUGAUAAACUAACAAGUCUUUGUUGUCCUACAAUAGAAGUGAUCUAUCAUGGACGCCAUGGUGUAAUGUUUAAUUUUAGUAGUUCACAAAACAUUAUCGUGAAGUCCACGAUUGUUAUAAUAUUAUGCAUCAUGGGCAAUCAUGGUUUGUGCGUAACAUUGAAUAAACACAAACAUGUCAACAAACCUUUUUACGGUACUAAUGCUGCUAUAAACAGUAUGGUAAUAUGGUUAGUACAGUGGAUAAAAGCUCUGCAUCUGUGCAUGAUCUAACAUUUAUUCAGGUCCUUGCUUCAGUAGGUGUUGCAAUAUGUUUCAUUACAACUAUUGCACUGUUUUUAAUAAAAAUAUUUCACAAGUUGGGAAGUUGCUGCAGAGACUUGUUCAGAAAGAGUGACAAUGUACGCCCUGAUGAGAACGAGAACAAAUACCAACUUAUGAAGAAACUUCCGAUUUUGCGUCAUGAACAACUUACGGGCGGUAAGGCGAGAUACGAACCCCUACUACCUGGUAACAAAUUUAAGCCAAUGAGUCUGUCAAUGGAAAGCCUAGAUUCCUACAGAAAUGCUCAAUUUGAAAUACCUGGCAUGUUGUCUUGUCAAGCAAUUCAACCAUUUGACACCUCUUCAACUACUUCAGGCUACAGCACCAGUGGACUAAGUCAUGCAGAAAGUAUGGACACAUGCUUGGAUAACCGAGUAUUUGUUGAUGAAUACAUACAACCUCAGGAACGUGAAACAUCUCACAGCAUAACUCGGAAGGCUGUUUUAGUAAGCUCACUUCGAAAGCGAGAAAGUUUUGAUGCCGAUGGAGUUAUGCCUGAGCUAUACGAGACUGAUAUUAGACGAACACAGGGUUCUAGUUCACUUGGAAAAAUUCGAUUUUCCCUACAGUAUGAAAACAAGAUGAAACGAAAAUUAAUUAUGACCUUGCAUGAUAUUGUUGAUUUGCAGUUUGGCAGAGGAACUGACCAUGUAACACACCUGUAUGUUUCUGCAGUACUACUGCCAGAAAGAGAUUACCGAUUUCAAACAAAAGAGUUGGCACGGAUGCAAGAAAUUAAUAUAAAUGAGACUUUUACAUUUCACUCGCGGCCACACAACAGGGACUUUGAAUCAAGAACUGUACAUUUAACAAUAAUGUAUGUAGAAAAGUCUAGAAAGGAGUAUGCCUAUGGUGAAUCCCGAAUGGCUCUAUUAAGCAAUGAAAUUUAUAGUCAAGUUCCAACAGAUAUUACCGUUGGGAUCAAAGGACCAUCGCCUUAUAAUGAAGUUGGCGAUGCCCAAGUUGUACUUAGUUAUUCAAGUGAACAAAACCGCCUGAAUGUGAUGGUCAAAACUGUCAAGUUUCACAACUCGGCCUUAGAUCAUUUAGCAGGCAUCCAUAUUAAAGCUCAUCUUACACGUGUUGGAGGAGAAAAACUUGGUAAAAAGAAAAGUGUAUCACGAAGUUUAGCAAGUUGUGUUACUAAUUUAAUCGAAUUUCAGGACCAUAUGAGCUUCAAUCUUGAGCCUGAAAACUACAUGUUGUGUACAUUAAAAAUGAAUGUUCACGGGAAGCAUAAAAUCAUGCGGAAACAUAUUUCGCUUGGAAAAAUACGUAUUGGAGAAGGAAACCGGGAUGAUGGUGGGAAGGUGCAUUGGAGAACUGUAAUAAAUUCAGAGGGUAUCGGAUGGACUAUGUGGCAUUCUAUUUACAGCUCGUAGAUGAUUUGGUAUUACUUGAAUUAAUCAGACUCUACAGAAGUAAAUAAAUAAAUUCCUUAAAUCUGAUUAUCACAACAACACAUGCAACACUUACUAUUUAUUAGGAUGUAUAUUUUGAUGUAUAGCAUUUUCGAUUUAUAUUCCACUCAUAACAUUUCAUGACUGCUUCAGGUAAAAAAAGGAAAGCUGUUUAUCUAAGUAGAAAACGUUAGGUUUGGUUAUGUUGGAUAAAAGACUUAGUUAUCUUCAACUGAUAUUGCUAACUAACUUUUGUCAUGGACCAUAAUAUUAUUAGAACAUCCUUUUUUGUAAAUAAAGUAUAUAUUGUUGAAAAUGUAACUAGAUAGAAAUGCACUAAUGUUCGCGACAAUGUGGCUGGCACACAAGUUAGUUGUUGUGUUUUUUCUUAUGUUUAUAUUAUUUUUUUAUUAUAUAUGUGAUUUAAAAGUGGUUUGAGUAGAACUACAGUAAUCCCUUGUUGGUAAUUAUAUUGGUCCCUGCCUGUCUGUCUAUUUGACUUGAAUCAAAGAUGGUAGCCGCUAGUAGUGAUGGGUGAAUUCUUGUGAUUUUUUGCGGAAGGUAAUAGCAAUGGGUUUUUAAUGGGGUUACGAUUAUUUCAUAACUACAAGUCUUUCUUUGAAUUAAACUUUUUCUUUCAGCACAGGCAUUGACAAUCAUGUUUCAACACAAUGUAUUCAUGAUUUAAGCAAAACCAACGCAUUCAUUUUGUUUUACUUUCGAUAUAAUAUGGCAGAGGAAUUGUUUUUUAAAGCAGCCAUGUUUUAUGUCUUGCCCCAAGACAUGCAUUCGUUGGUUAAUUAAUCUCAAAACAGUUUAAGUACUUCUAAAAUAAUUUACAGCAUGUCAAUGUACUGGUGGAUAAUUUUAUUUUUUUGCAGCAUAUGUCAAAGUUUUUGAUUAGGUCUUUCAAAACGAAAUCUUCACGAUGCUUUUUCUAUGAUACAAAAAGUACUUUGACCAUAUAGAUUGUUUAUUUCUUUAUCGUUCUUCAAAAGUUUAACAAAAGCAAAAUAGAGAACAAUUGUAUGGUACAUUUAAAGCAAUUUAAAACAUUGUUAUUCCAAGCAAACUAUUCUCUCUAUCUUUAUUAUCAGUUUGAUAAAUUUUAAUAAACAUUAUUAUUAUUAUUAAUGUUUUUGUCUCUUCAAACUUAAAGCAGCGUAUAUUUAUUUAUAUUUCAUAAAAUUGUUUUACGAUAAACAUACUUUUACUCCCAAACAAAACAAAAACAACUACAAUUCAGAUUGUGAAAAAGUUUAAAUUGGAAAUGUUUCGGUGUUUUACAUUUAAACCGUUUGCAGUUUGCAUGUGAUUUUUCUUCUAUGGUUCUCCUUGCUAAGUCCUGUAAGGAAACUUGUCACAGUUGAUUCUCUUUUUAAACUUUGUUUGUCUAUUACCAAAAGUUGAUUUCGAGAUUAUUUCUAAUAUUAUUUGUUUAAACAAUGAACCAAAAGUUCUAUGACAACUAUGAUCUUAAAAUUAAAUAAAAGUGGUUGUUCGACUAGACUUUAAUUCCUUUAAACAGAUUAAAUUGUGGCCUCGUUUUAAUGUUUGUGAAUUUUAGUACAAGCUUUCUACCAACCUCUGUAUCUUUUAUUAACCUCUGUCUUCUAUGAUCCAAUUUUUUUCUAAUUGUAUAAUCCAAAAGGCUUUCCCGUGAGUGUCAAAUUUACCUAGCCUGAUCCUCACCUUCUAAAAUUAUAGGAAAUUUUUAUAUUUAUUCGGUGUUUACUUUGUUUAGUUUAUACAGCUGAUUUUUGUACUCUUUUGUUAUGGUUUAGAAACAUUUUUUGAAGAAAAAAGUCAUGUUUAUAUAGUAUAUAGUAUACUUAUUAAGUUAUUACUGUGUGUACAUUUUAUCAACAUGUUACUAUGUGCAAAUUUUCUUCAUACAUACACUUAUUUUUAUGAAGAUAAUUUUUGUAAAUCAGCCUGAAGAACGAUAAUAAAAAUCAUGCUCAUAUAAUUGAUAUUGACUAUUCUAU